UAGAAUUAACUUGAGUAGUUAGUUCAUGUGAGAGCUAACCGUUUAGUGAUUCACCGAAGUUGCUGUUUACCACAAAUAUGAAGUAUAUCUGUGUAUUUCCGUUAUUAUGCAUCUUCGUGACAGAGACUUCUGCUAAUUGUGGAAUCCGCAGAUCAUCUUACAAUACAAGAAUUGUUGGAGGCCAAGAUGCAGGACUUGGGGAAUUCCCUUGGCAAGUCUCUCUACAGAAAAGCAAUGCUCAUUUUUGUGGAGCAGCUAUUAUUAGUGAAUACUGGCUUGUGAGUGCGUCACACUGCUUCCCAUCAGCUGUGUAUCAUAAUGUUAGCGUAGUUGCAGGGACUGUUGACCGCUCCUCAGGUGGGCAAUCAUCUACAACUGCCAAGGUUUUUCUGCACGCCGGUUACAAUGACAAGAACUAUGAUAAUGAUAUAGCACUUGUGCUGUUGAAAGAGCCAUUUCAUUUUUCAGACAACGUCAAGCCGAUUUGCUUCCCUACUGAUCCAAAUAUGGAUGUGGAGUUAAUGAAUGUAUGUUGGGUUUCAGGAUGGGGUUUAACAAGUGCAGGGAGUAAAUCUUCUGCAGUAAAACAGCAGAAGCUGGAUAUGAAAGAAGACACUGACUGUGAUUGGGAUUUAACUCCCAACAUGCUCUGCAUGAAAAAUGACGAUUCUGCACGUAGUGGCUGUAAGGGAGACAGCGGAGGACCACUAGCAUGCCAAGACAAGAAGACAAAGGCCUGGAUUCUUGCUGGAGCAGUCAGUUUUGGUAAUCGACAGUGUAUAGGUUCGACUGUUUUUUCCAGAGUUUCCAAAUACAUUAACUGGGUCAAACUCAAAACAGCAGAUGCUGGAAGGCCUUUUGUCCCCACUCAUAUUACAGGAGAAGCACCUCAAGUAAUUCUUACAAGAACAGUAUCUGAUGCUGCCCCAGUUGUUGCUGUUAGUAAAAUAGAGCCAACUCAAGUGGAAGAAGAAAGAAAAGUAAGUGCUCAUAUUGUUCCACAAACAGUAAGUCCACUCACAAUCCGAAAAGCCCACACACCACCACCGCCACCACCUUCUUUCAGCCAUCCAGGAAGUAUGGACACUGCAGGCAAGCUAACUCCUGACAGAGUGACUGUUGCUAUUGUUUUAUCAGUUUUCUAUAACUUUAUUAUAAAUUAAACAAAGACGUGCUUAUUGCUG